GGACUAGAUGCAGCCAGUAAAUGCACUUUGCAGAAUAGGGGGAUGUUGCCAUUACUGUGCAAGAAACAGUAGCUGGAAAAAGCUCUAGCUAACGCUAGGAUUCUGUGCAGUAAAGCCUAUGUGCUCCCUGCAGGAAAAGAUGAUGUUUCAUUUACCAGAAAGGUUAAUGGGUCAGUUAGGGAUUUAGAGACUCAGCUUUUCCUCUCUUAGCCAUAGCUUUAAUUCAGGCCAAGGUGAAAUGGCUAUGGUUUCACUGCCAGAAAUUAAAUGAAUAUAUUGGUGAUCCAGCAUCUCCUCAGUGAGUGUUUACAGACCUCCAGGGCAUCAUGGACUGUUAUGGUCUGUAGAAGUCAUUAUUGUUGAUUGCAAUCAGCUUGAAUAAAGCUGGAUCUUUACUCCAAAAUGUUCCAGGUCAAGACCAAGGUUUUAGGAGACAGGGUCACGAGAGUGUUCUGUAUUAUUUGCAACUGGUGCUAAAUGAACUCAGGUUUAAAGAGCAGGCCGACCUAGGAUUUUUCAUGAAUACUAGAUUAACUACAAGCUGUACUACAGUGCAAACCAGAAAUUAAAAUGGCAACAGAUAAUUGCAUGGGAAAUGUGGGAGUCCCAGAAUGUUUGCCAUGGAAUACAUACUAGGGAGGCAGUGAGUCUCUAAAUCCAUAUGUUUCGCUCUCAUUCUGCAAAUAUUCAUGCUUAAAGGUCAUGAUACAUGCCUGGACUGGGUCCGUGAGGUUCUGGUGCAUCACAGGACCAUGUAAGGCCAUUCUGAGGUCAAGACUGCAAGGAAUUAAAGUGGAGAAUUGGGAUCAGAAGGAGGGGAUGUACAGUACAGGAACCAUGGCUUUUGCCUGGUGUCUGUCUGGAUCUCCCCUAAAAGGAGUGCUUUUAUUCUUAGCCACUGUGUGAAGAAGAGAGGCUUGCUGCUUGUUUGGGGUUCCCUGUUGGAGUGGUCCACAGCCAUAUUUUUCUGUUUGAGGUUGGCAGUCUCUGUGUAGCUGUGGCCUGUCUGCCACUAGCUCUCUGCAAGCUUUUCUCUUUGACAGAAGGGAUUAUAUCCAACCUUUUUUUUUGUUUCCUUAGCUAUCCUUUUGAUUCCUUCCUAGUAGAGCAGUUCUCUUCCUUACUUUUUUUGCCUGACUUAGCAGAGGACUGAGAAACACUGAUCAGCGCUAUACGCAUAGCUGGUCUCGCUGAUGGUACAGCCAAGGGCAGACUUUGGUCCUGCAUUCUGCGUUUGUAAACACAGGACUUUAGUCAGCCAAAGACCAAAUAGCCAUAGCUAUUUCAUUUUUUUUAUUUGUUUCUCCUCCACAGCUUCAGCAAUGCAAGUUUCUUGAGGGGUAGGCAUUUUUCAGUGUAAAGUUGGAUAAACUUAGAAUUCAUUACAGCUAUGAAUUCUGACUGGUUCCAUGAUGUGAGCUGCCAAAGCCCCAGGUAUUACUGCCAGGCCAGUCAAAUGCUGUUUGCUGCCAUCAUGGAUGGUGAUUUCAGCUACACCGUAAGGGACUUAGGGCUAAAGGUAAGAAGCAUAAGGUCUUCCACAAGACAUCUGGAAUCCUGGAAAAGGCUGGAGAAAGGUAUUAGCAGUACAGAUACGGACAAGACUCCAUGGUUGGAGUAGCUGUGGACUCCAGCCAUGCACUCCAACAGGGUGCGCUUGUCCAUGGAAAACUUAGGCACAUGCUUGGUCAUAGAUCUGCUCCUCUCCAUGCUCACUCACUCUCCUUUUACUUUUGCUCAAUUGGUUUUUACUUUCCUUUCUUAUUUUUGUUCAUUUCUUUGUUUUUCUCUUCUGCUUUUGUCUCCCUCAAGUCUCCCAGCUCUGAGCUGCUCCAUACACCAACUCCUCCGCCUUUGCCUUUCGCGCGCCGCGCCUUGUCUCCAGAGGUGCAGGCGGUCACAUCUGAGUGGAUUGCUCUGACCGUGGGAGUGUCUCCUAGCACCACUCCUGCUUUAACUCCUCCAUUGCCUUCUCUGCCUGAAGCCUCCCUCUCCCACACUGACUCUCUCCCACCUUCUACUACAGCCAGCCCUUCCCCCUCGUUCAGCCUCCCCCAUUCUCAUCUCUCUGGCUCCUCGACUCCCAGGUCCAUUAAAUCCCCAUUGCCCUCUUACUCAUCUGGGCCUCAGCCCUCCACUCGCAGUUUCUAUCAGGCUGCUCUGCAAAGCAAAGAGAAGGUUGGUGGCUCUUCUUCUCCCUGCCCUCGGUGGGCACGCAGGAGCCCCGAGAGCAUCCUCACAGAGCAGCACGGCACCCCUGGCAGCCAGGCCUGGCUCCAGAAGACUAGAGAGGGCAGCAGCAACCCUGAGCAGGGCUCCCAUGCUGCUCCCAACAUCUCUGUGGAGCGCUGCCUGAAACCAUCCCAGCUAGACAUGCGUGCAAGCCCAGAAAGGAGACCUGUGAGUUCCACUGAGGACAACCAGUUGUGUCAGGAGCUAAUGGCUAUUGUGCAGGGAGGUAAAGCAGAGAAAAGAGGCACAAGGAGAGGUGAUCUGGGAGAGUUUCAAAGCGGGGAAAAGAAGGUACUUCUCCUGCAUGUGUGUGCACUACUCUGAAUGCCUGACUUGACUGGUGUGCUGAGGUUUGUGCUGCUCUGCCAGCCAAGCAGAGCCAGUGGCUGCCACGUGUCCUUCUAAUGAUCCUGAGACCUUCUUCCAGGGUUCACCAGUGGCAUUCCCUGGGCAGUAGGUCAGAAACCUUCAGAAGAGCGCUCAGGGGUAGUGUAGCACAGAACUGACUCAAUUGGCCACGUCUAAUGAGGUGACCAUGCCAGACAAUGGCUAUUACCAGAUAAAAGUGUCAGACAAAAGGAAUGCACAGGCCUCAUGCUCGUGUACUUCACCAUCUACAAUACAAGGCAAUUAUUUGCUGUUCUAAGAUUUUCCAGUGUGUAGUGAACCAUCUUUGGUAAUGGGACUUAUUUCUUCCCCUUAAAGCCAAGCAUUGAAACAUCCUAUAAUUGUCAGCCUGGCUCCCGGAAUCACAAAAGCUAUGCCUUGUUGGGGAUGAUCCUGGAGACUGGAUUAGUGAACCUCAGUCUGGGAUGUGCAUGGCUAAGUCAGGGAGGCUUACCUGUUGUCUGUGCUUUGAGCUGAAUUUAUUGGAAUUUUUUAACUUUGCAGUUUGAAAAUUGGAAUUUGAAUUGCAGUUUGAAAAUUGGAAGGGGUUCCACGUGUUAUUUUCUUCCAAGAGUAUUUAGGUAUAUGUAGUUACACGUUACAAGAGGGAACAUAAGGGAACCCUCCAGUAGCUUCUGGAACAUUUUCUGCCCCCACUCUUGGUAUAUGGAAAUCUGCCUUACUUUGCAGCUCUCGCGUGUCUUGGUGUCCAUUACGGGCUGCAGCCAUCCAAAAUACAUUACAACAUUCCCAUGCUAGCUUGUGCAGGAGUGGGAAUUUGGGGAGCUCAAAAUCAUAGUGUUACAAACAGCUUCUUGAAUGCAGUGUGAUUGCCUCCAUGAAAUAUCCCAUCUAGCUAAUGUUAAAUAAUGAGGGACUGUGAUUUCUACAAUGACGCAUUUCAUACUGGGAAAUCUUAUGACAACUUGUUUGAUUUCUGCUUGAAUCAUAACCAGAAACAUAUUGAAAGGUGUAUAAAGACUAUGCUGUCUACCAACUGCAUACAUUUUUAGCAGUGUUUUCUACAGGCAUAACCUGCAUGUUUAAAGCAGAUGAGGUGGUAAGCUCUGACAAACCAGCUGGGAAACUGCAUCUGCCCUUGCAUGGAGUUGUUUGCUGUGUGUGCAUCAAAUCUUACAGCAUAGCAGAUAUUCUUAUCACUACCAAUGAUUGUGAUAAGAGUGCGUGUGCCAAGCUGACCAACUUUUCUUUUCUUCAAAAGACUGCAGACUCAAAAGCUUUCUCUUCACCUGCUCCUCUCUCUUCCUCUGCCCUCUCUUCCUCUACUGUCACAACACAGCCACCUCCCAGACUUACACGCAGAGUCAAUAAGCCACAGGUAAUCAUCUUUGCUGAUUACUCUUCCGUUACUUAGUUGUUUCCAUGCCAUGCCAUUGUUUUAUCAUAUGCUUGUCUAUCCAUUCAUUGAUUCUACACACAAUAUUUCUCCUGUCAUUUAAUUAAGCAUUUUUAUUUAAAAAAAAAAAAGUCAAUCAAUUUAAACAGUUUCCAGGCUGUGCA